AUAAAGAAAGAAAGGAAGCAGGCAAAUCCAAUAGCAAAGAAGCCUUUUACCGUACUUUUGGGUUUGCUGAUCUUUUCUCAUCAUCCUCCAAAGCCAAAUCCACCUUCUAAAAAAGUGAAAAAAAGGGUGUAGAAAAGAGAUCAUAUCCAAAAUCUAGCUGUCAAAUUACCACAUACUCGACUUUGAUCUUUCUGAAUAUCCAAGUUGGUUGUCUUUCUUUGUGGAAAGUUUGGCCUUGUAAGAGAAAAAAUAAGGGGAAAGAUUGAAAAAAAGAUCUGGGAUUUAUUCUGUUUUGAUGGGAGCUUGCUGGAGCAAUCGCAUCAAGUCUGUCAGUCCUUCUACUACCGGAGUUAAUUCGACGAGUGCGAGCAGAAAUGGAAACAACUUGAGUGGUUCAAGCAGUAGGGUGUCAUCAGCUUCUGUACCACAAACUCCCCGGAGCGAGGGUGAGAUUUUGCAGUCUUCAAAUUUAAAGGUUUUCACCUUCAGUGAGCUCAGGACAGCCACCAGAAACUUCCGGCCAGACAGCGUGCUAGGAGAAGGUGGAUUUGGUUCUGUCUUCAAAGGAUGGAUUGAUGAGCAUUCACUUGCAGCUACCAAGCCUGGUACUGGUAUAGUAAUUGCUGCUAAGAGGCUCAAACAAGAAGGGUUCCAGGGUCACAAGGAAUGGCUGGCUGAAAUCAACUAUCUUGGACAAUUUCAUCACCCUAAUCUUGUAAAGUUGAUUGGUUACUGCUUAGAAGAUGAGCACCGGCUUCUGGUAUACGAGUUCAUGGCUCGGGGUAGCAUGGAGAAUCAUUUAUUCAGGAGGGGGUCGCACUUCCCACCACUUUCUUGGGGCAUCCGGAUGAAGGUUGCACUUGGUGCUGCCAAAGGACUUGCCUUUCUUCAUAAUGCCAAACCACAAGUCAUAUAUCGCGAUUUUAAAACUUCUAAUAUUUUGCUUCAUUCGAAUUACAAUGCAAAACUCUCUGACUUUGGGUUGGCUAGGGAUGGUCCAACUGGUGACAAGAGCCAUGUUUCCACUAGGGUCAUGGGAACCUAUGGAUAUGCUGCUCCAGAGUAUCUAGCCACAGGUCAUUUGACUGCCAAGAGCGAUAUAUAUAGCUUUGGAGUUGUUCUUCUAGAAAUGUUAUCUGGCCGACGAGCUAUUGACAAGAACAGGCCACAAGGAGAACACAAUCUGGUGGAGUGGGCAAAACCAUACCUGACCAACAAACGUAGAAUAUUCCGUGUACUAGACACCCGGCUCCAAGGCCAGUAUUCAUUAAAUCGGGUCCAAAAGGUGGCUAACCUUGCACUUCAGUGCUUAGCUGUAGAACCUAAGUUCAGGCCAAGCAUGGAUGAGGUGGUAACAGAGCUUGAGCAAUUUCAGGAGCCAGGUGACAUGCCAAAAAGCGUUCAGAAGGAACACCAUGUAAAGGUGCAAAGCCAUUCCAAUGGCAAACCAACUACUUUCCCGAAGCCUUCUGCUUCACCUCUUCGUGUUUAGAUGGAAAAAUGCUGAUUUGAACGUCCAUAGGAAUUGUUUCUGGGAUUUAGGCAGGGAACAAAACCAUGUUUGAGUAGUGUACAGUUCAUCUUACUGGUAAACUAUUUAAAUCUACCUCUGAAUUUGAUCAUGCUCAGAUUCUAGAGCAUUUCAUGAACAUGAUCUGGGUUUUGCUAAAUAUACCAUCAUGAUUGAAAUAGUGAAGAAUAUAUGUUUGUAUAAAAAUGAUAUUGAGCUUAUUUGAGGCUUUCUUUAGGGUUUUUGGUCCUUUCUUCCCUAGCAUAUGGUCUUGUUUGGAAAAGUAAUUGAGCUCAUCUGAGACAGUAUGUAAGAAUCUUCAUUUUGUUGUAGACCAUGUGAUAUAUCAGAUGUAUCUCUCUUCUCAUUA